AUGGGAAAGUCGACAAAGGACAAGCGCGACAUCUACUAUCGCCAGGGAAAGUCAGAGGGAUACCGUGCGCGUUCAGCGUACAAGCUUCUCCAUCUCAACGAACAGUAUGGCUUCUUAGGCGGUGCUGAGGAUUACGCCCUCGAUGCUGCAGAUGCAUCCUCCUCGCCAUCCGCGAGCUCAUCAAAGCAGUCAUCAGUGCAGAACUUCCCAACCCCGACCAGAGUGGUCGAUCUCUGCGCAGCGCCUGGUUCUUGGUCGCAAGUGCUCUCUCGACGAUUGGCGUCUGUGCCUGGCUCGCAUCUGGUCGCUGUUGAUCUGCAAGCAAUGGCACCGCUUCCGGGUGUGACUCAGAUCAUCGGCGACAUCACAACCCCUGCCACAGCCGAUGCGGUCAGUAUGGCGCUUUCCGACGGAACUUCCUCGACGAACAAAGGCAAGGGCAAAGCUCGAGCGCAACUCAUAGUGUGCGACGGCGCACCCGACGUGACCGGUCUGCACGAUCUAGACGAAUACCUGCAGUCGCAACUGCUCUUGGCUGCGACCCAGAUCACGUUCCGCUUGCUCGAGGUCGGUGGCACUUUUGUGGCUAAGAUCUUCACGCAGCAUCCGCAAGCAGGACUCGGCGCUUCGUUGGGCAACAUGGAUCUCAAAGGCGCGCGGCCUGCCACGUCGGGCGCUCUGCUCGCCGACCAGCUGCGCAUCUUCUUUGACCGUGUCGACAUUGCCAAGCCACGAAGCUCGAGGUUGGGAAGUGUGGAGCAUUUUCUCGUUUGUCUGGGAUUCAGACCGCCGCAGCACUUGCCCGCAGGCAUCGUCGGCAGCUUAGCCGAAACUCCGCUUUCGACAGAGGGAGAGGACGACGCGGAGGACCAAGUUAGAGAAGACCUCGUUCGAUACGCUCAGAAGCUUCGAUCGCAGCUCCAACGCCCUGGUGCCUCCCGUCAAGGUGCGUCACAAUCACACCAGCAGCUCUCGGCAAGCUUGCCAUUCAUAGCACAUGGCGACUUGAGCGGUUUCGACCAGUAG